UUAAAAAGGUCAAAUUCUUCCGCGUGACGGAGCGCGUAACAAGCAGUCUAUGUAUAACAGUCUAUCUAUGGAAGCCUAAAGAUUGCCAUGGCUAUUGAUUUACUCGCUCAACAUCAAGUACCCAGCGAUCAGCGAGUGAUAAUACGUCCAUCGAGUCACUCGUCGAGCUGCUAUUGUAGGAUGCUGCUGAUAAAACUCUCUGUUUUGUCGCUUGUGCUUCUGCUACUUCCACAUCAAGGUGUUUCAUUGGAUAUCUAUGCUGGUGACGAUGCAAGAUUCACAUGGACAACAAGCUCAUCCUGUUUAGCAUGGAGGUUCGGCAUCUCUAAUCACAACAAAGAUGAUUUUGUCAGUAAUGGCAAGCUUAUGGAGUGGUUUCAAGGUGUCAGCAAAGUAUUAUCAAGACCUAACGAUACAGACACGACAUAUAAAGGCAGGCUGUAUUUCUAUGGGGAUUACACAAGUUGUUCUGGAGUAUUUGAAAUUAGAAAUGUAUCAGUUGCUGAUGAAAAGUGGUAUUUGGUGAUGAUCACAAAAUCCCCAUCUGUUCCUAAUGGAGUUCCAUCAGCAUCAUGGGACUUAAAUGUGAAAGUUGCACCAACAUUUACCUCAUCUCUGAGCAGCUCACGUGAUGUCGCUGAAAAUGAUGACGUCGCUGUCACGUGCUCAGCAAGUGGUCGACCAGCCCCCAAUGUCACGUGGGUCAAUAAGACGUCAGGGUCCCCAGUGGCUCAUGGGACAGGGAGUGCAACACUGAGUCUACUAAAGAUCCAGCGACACCAAGCAGAGGUGUACCAGUGCCAGGCCAUCAACGAUGUGAGGAGGGGGGCCAUAACCCAAGACAUCACCAUCAACGUGCAAUAUCCGCCAGAGAUUACUCCAAUGCAGAACACCACAGUGAGAGCGGGGGAGACCAUCACCCUGACAUGCGCAGUGGCUGGUAACCCGACACCAAGUGUUUUCUGGUCAAAGGCAGGAUCUGGACAUAGCACUGGUGGUAACGUCUUUACUAAAGCUGGUGCCACAAAGGCAGACACUGGACAAUAUGUCUGUACUGCAGUAAACACCGUCACUGGAAACACACAGACAAGAACAGCAUCCACUUAUGUCAUGGUCAAAUGUAAGUGCUCUAUGAUGUCAAAUGUAAGUGCUCUAUGAUGUCAAAUGUAAGUGC